AUUUUAAAUGAAAUCUCAUCCUAAAGUAGACACUACGUCUGGAAUUACGAUCCACCCUGUGAUCUGUCACUUUUACAUACAUGCACAGGGGAGUGGAGCGGUUUCCAUAGAGAGGAACUACCACAGCUCACUACGAACAAUACCAGAGAAGACGAAGCUGCGACCCCGAACGGCCAGGAGUUCAGAGGACCUGCGGGGAGCAGCCCUCCGGGCCCAGAAGCUGUGCCCCUCGACCUGAGCACUUCCACCCUAGAGCAAAGUCCUCUUACAGUACAGGGAGCGAUGCUGAUGCCCACUUACUUCCUGCUGCUUCUGCUGCUGCUCCUAGGGGGCCCAAGGACAAGCCUCUCCCACAAGUUCUACAACGCAGGACCAGUCUUCAGCUGCCUCAACACAGCCCUGUCUGAGGUCAAGAAGAACAAGCUGGAGGAUGUGCCGGUGCUGAGCAAGAAGAACUUUGGCUACCUGCCCACACAAGACCCUUCGGGAGAAGAAGAGGAUGAACAAAAACACAUCAAGAACAAAAGAACUUUCUCAGACGCUGUGGGUGGGAAUGGAGGUAGAAGCAUCCGGUACAGAUACCAAUCCCAAGCACAGCCCAAAGGAAAGCUGUACCCGGACAAGGUCAAAAACGACCGGGGCACCAAGUUCACUCUGUCCCUCGACGUUCCCACUAACAUCAUGAACAUCCUCUUCAACAUUGACAAGGCCAAGAAUUUGCGAGCCAAGGCAGCGGCCAAUGCUCAACUCAUGGCACAGAUUGGGAAAAAGAAAUAAAGCAAAGGCCAGGCAGGAGGGCGCCCCAUCGAGACAAGAGCCCCAGAAUAAAGGGGAGGGAAACUGAGGACGUGCCCUCGAAUUGCAAAGGACGGAUGGUCCGUUUUCACAGGCUACUCCACUGCUGUACCCCUCUGACCCUCUCCUGCUUCCAGCCUGUGCCCACAAUGGAGGUUAACGUCUCUCCCCAUAUCUUGUGUUUGCUUUCUAGUUCCCUGUGGCAACAGACAAGUUCACACAGUGCCCCUCCUUUCCAAGUUCCUCCCUGAUGUCCCAUGUCUGAAGAGAGAGCUCUCGGGCUCCCUCUUUGUUCUAUGUUGGUCUGAGCCUCGGCAGAGACACGGAGAAGCACAGCUCACCCUCUUGCUACCAAGUACCUCCCCUACUUCCUCAUCCGGAUUAAAGUCAGUGGCUUCUUGAACUUG